AUGGCUAUAGGGUUUUCAGCGAAUAAGUUUGAGUCACCAACGAAGGCAAAAAAGACAUCUAACUCACCCAGAAAACAAACUCAAAAUGUCCCUACCGGAGAACAAUAUCAUAUUCUUGAUUAUUCGGUGAAUAUAUUCAGUCCUAUUCCUGGAUUUGAAUCUUUAAACCUAAAUGACCUUUAUUUCGAAUCUAAUCUAGAAGACGAUGAUGACGACAGAAAUUUGGAGAUCCUUAUGGGUUGUAUAGAAUUUGUGAUGAAGAUCAAGUUUGACUUCCUUUCCAAGCCAAAGCUGUCGUCGAAAACAAAGGCAAAGCUAUCUGCCCUCAGAUCAUCUUACCCUGAUGUUGUCGCUCUCGACCAGUUAUAUGCAAUACUACCGAACAUGGAGACAUUUGUUGAUUCCCGUGUGGAAAAGUUGGCCAUUAUGGGGCGUUUAAAGCUCAUUUCGCAUCCUCAAGAGAACGUCCGCUAUAUUAUUCUUACCGAAGAUUUGAGAAGCUUGAUUGCGCAACAUACGAAGUCAGAUCAAAUCAGCUCCCGUUUCAUGAACUUGCUACAAAAUUAUCCCAAUGUUGAGGCAAUUCCUGCAACGCUACUCUCGAAACAUGGCCUCAAUCCCAGAAUUUUGAUAGAUUCCGGAUUCCUAACUUUUUCGCCUAUUAAUGAAUGGUUUACCUUGACUCUUCCAAACCUUGGACCUUUUUGGAGAUUGGUGAAGGGAUCCAAUAUGGUCAUCUAUAAAAUUAUCAAGACGACAAAGUUUGAACAAAUACUAGAAGACGAUUUGAGAAUGAAAUAUGAGGCGAAUCAGAGCAAUUUCGUCAAGUACAACGGGCUGAACAUGAUCUGGAGCCUAAGUUUAAUGACCGGAAGGGGAAUAGUGGAAUGCUUCAAUUCACCUACAGGACGCGUAUAUAAAUUGACAGGAAAGAAAAUGUAA